ACCAACAUUUAUCAUAUUUUGCCAAACACCACCUACGGUACCAGACUAUAGUUCCCACUAUUGACAUUUCACAGUCCAAAAUUUGAUAAAACGGUCGAUCAAUUUAUAAAUUAAAAAUUUAACCAAGUUAUUGAAAAAAAAUUGCUUACAAUUGGCGUUUUCAUAAACUUGGUCGAUCAAUUUAGAGUUUUCAUAAACUUGGUAGAACUUAAAAUUUCAUUGAUUUUCAUGCUAUUCAACGUCGAUUCUCAUCGGUGGAUGGGAAUAUCCCAAUCCUGCUACGUUAAUCCGGUAUUUCUGUUGCUUAACCAGACGGAUAUCUAAUUGCGUUGACUUUAUUUUGUUUGCUUGCUUCAUAUUUGAUGAUAAACUUCGUUCGCCUUCUUUUUCAGAUGCGUGAAGAAUACCAAAUAGUAACAGAUAAAAAAUAGAGUACGGUAGGAUGGCUGUAAAAAUGACGAAAAGUUUUUGUUUACUGCUUUUGAAAUUUUUAUUUUACUGCGAAAUUCUGCAAACAGCACUUGGGUCGACCGAUGAGCCCACCGUUAGUCCGGGAGAUGUGAAUGGGUACUUCUUGGACAGUCUGUUGGUCAACUAUGAUGGUCGAGUUAGACCCAAUUUUGGAAAAGAGUCAGUGCUGGUGAACAUAUCACUGCAAGUGGCCAGCAUAGGACACAUAGCCGAGUCAACCAUGGACUACCGCGUGACUGUGUUCUUACGCCAGCUGUGGAAUGACCCCAGACUCCAGUUCACUGAUGGGUCAGAGCCAGUGAAUGUGGAUGUGUCCCUCCUGAAGAGUCUGUGGGUUCCUGACUUGUUUGUGGUGAAUGAGAAGUCGGCUAAUUUCCACUCUGUCACCAAGGACAACAAACUGUUGCGUAUUUCGCCCACUGGAGAUGUGUUGCUUAGUCAGAGGUUGAGUUUGACUUUGGCGUGCAACAUGAAGCUGCAUCGCUUCCCGAUGGAUCAACAGAUCUGCAAAAUACAACUAGAGAGCUAUGCGUUCACCACUCGUGAUAUUGACUUUAAAUGGGCCGAAGGGAUCGCCAUGAACAUCGAAGAAUCAGUUGAGCUGCCCCAGUUCUUCAUCCAGUCUUACUGGACCGAGAUAUGCACCCGGAUGUACAGCACCGGCGAAUACCCCUGCGUCGAGGCGCUCAUUAAACUUCAACGUCAGACUGGUUAUUACAUAAUCCAGACUUAUAUUCCGACACUGCUGAUUGUCUGUCUCAGUUGGAUCUCGUUCUGGAUCGAUGCCACUGCCUCGACUGCCAGGGUGGCACUGGGUAUCACGACUGUGCUCACUAUGACGACUCAAACGUCGUCCGCACAAGAGAGCUUGCCAAAGGUGUCCUACAUCAAAGCGAUUGACAUCUGGAUGGCGGUGUGUCUGCUGUUCGUCUUCUCCGCCCUGCUGGAGUUCUCGGCUGUGAACUACAUGGCCAGGUGGAAUGAGAAACGACUGCAGAAGAAACAAGAGAAGAAACAGGCGGCCGAUAAACUACUAGAAGAUGAACAGGAGGCUGCAGGAGAAUCUUCCUUUGCAAACGGAGUUCCUAUUUUCGAAAAUCAGUCUCACCAUAACUCGAAACCCGAAAUGUUUCGUGAAAAGGCAUCAUCAUCCGGGUUUCUAAGCGGUCUAAUUUCACGAAAAACAGGCAGAAGAACCAUCAAAAAUGAUGUGGAGCAAUAUAUUGCGUGCAAUAACAAUCUACAUGACUAUCCCGAAACCACUCUUGAAAUCGAACACUCAAAAAAUGUAGUUGAUGAAGAGUUUUCAGACGCAGAUGAAAAUGACCAAGCCAUUGAACAAAAAUGCCAAGAUUUGAAGAAAGUAGAAGCAAAUAAAGUCGUCAACCAAUCAGAGCAGAGCAGUGAUUUGUCAGUUCGAGUUGACGAGUUUUCACGUAUUGCGUUUCCUGUGGCGUUCAUAAGUUUCAAUGUCGUAUAUUGGUGCACUUUUAUGCGAUAGAUUAUCCAUCAGCGAACAUUAGAAAAUAUCAUCACAUCAAAACGAUUUUGUGAAAUAUACUUUCAACUUUUAUGAAAAGAUUUGUGUUACCAUUAAGCAAUACUUUUUCUAGAAAAAAUGGAUACUAAUUGAAGAAAAGUCGAUAUUAUUUGCGUUAGUUUUUCUAUAUAUCCAUUUUCUAUAUUUUAUAUAUAUAUUUCUAUUUUCUAUACUUAUAUCCACUCAAUUUUUUAUUGAAAUUGAUAAUAAUUUUUGAAGAAAAAAUGGAUGUUAUUUGGAUAAUAUUGAAAUUCAUAUGGAGAAAAAGACAAAAUUAUUUGUUUAACAGAUCUGAAUGUUAAAUUGACUUGUGAUUUAGUGCAACUGCUCUCUCUUAUCGAGAUAAACUCAACAACUUCAAAAUCUGAGUCAAAGAAUGAUUCAAAAAACUCUUGUCACAACCGUGCCCUUUUCCCGUGCCGUUGGAAAAAAAUAAAUGCACUUUUCAAUUUGAGCAACCAUUAAAAACUGAUGAAGGUAUGGAACAUUUCGUAUACUUGAUUGAAUAUUGACAUUUUUCAAAUCAAAUACUUAGAUGACUUUUAUUUGAAGCGAUUUAGUUCAGUCAUUCGUUUUGAUGUCGUGUUUAAUUGAAAUUUAA